AUGUCAAUCUUGAAAGAAUCAAGAACUGAUUACAGUUUUGUUCAUCCUUUCAUUCCUCCUUCUUCACUAUCAUCAUCAACACGUCAAUACAGUUACGACGUCUUCCCAAGCUUUUCCGGACAAGACGUCCGAAGAAGCUUUCUCAGCCACUUUCUUGAAGAGUUGAAAAACAAUGGAAUAAGCACGUUCAUAGACGAUGGGAUCAUGAAGAGCGAGUCUAUAAACUCUGAGCUCGUAAAAGCCAUUAGGGAAUCAAGGAUCGCAGUCGUAAUCCUCUCUAAGAAUUAUGCCUCUUCAUGCUGGUGUCUAAACGAGCUGCAACUAAUCAUGGAGUGCAGGUUUACUUUAGGACAAACUGUUAUGACAAUAAUCUACGAUGUGGAUCCAUCUGAUGUCAGGAACCAGACAGGAGAUUUCGGUAAGGCCUUUGAGGAAACUUGUGGUGGGAAGACAGAGGAAGAAAAGCAGAGAUGGAGAAAAGCUUUGAUUGAAGUUGCGGUUAUUGCUGGAGAACAUUCUGUUUCAUGGGCUCGUGAAGCGGCGAUGAUAUCGAAAAUUGUCAUGGAUGUUUCAAAUGAGUUACCUUCUUCAGACUUUGAUCGAUUAGUUGGAAUUGAUACUCAUGUAGAACAUAUGAAAUCGAUGAUAUGCUUAGAAUCAGAUGAGCUCAAGUUUUAUAAGGAGAAUCUUGAGGAAACGCAUAAGCUGCUCACUCUUGACCACAUUGGCUUGCAAAAUCAUUUGGAAAACGAGAUAUUCUCUGGAGUGUUAGAUCAUCGGGAAAUGAAGAUACCUGACUUACAAGAGGCGCAGUUUAGGUUAAAGAACCAGAGAGUUCUUCUCAUUCUUGAUGAUGUAUGUUCAUGGGAGUUACAAGCUUUAGAAAAUCUAAUUCAGGAUCUUAGAUUCGGAAGUAAGGUUAUUGUGACGAAUGUAAACCUAAAUACAUUUAGGAGGAACGGGAUCAAUCAAAUUUACAAAGUUGCUUUACCAUCAAGCGAAGAGGCUCAACAAAUAUUCUCAUACUCUGCGUUUGGGCAGAGCUCUCCACCAAGAGGUUACAUGGAGCAUGCCACUGAAGUAGCGAAGCUUGUUGCUCCUUUCCACUUGGUCUCAAGGUCUUAG